UACAGAGUGUGUGAUGUGUUUGGAGGAGGGACUCCAUCAUUUGGAGAAGUGAGAAGUUCCUGGUUUGCCAGUGAAACCAUCAGAGCCUCCGACAUGAAAGUUGGUCACACUUUGAUCUGCUUCUUCUUCCUCACACUGCGGGAUGGAAACACUGGUCUCAUCAAUGCAGAAAUCCCCGUCCAUACAGGAACUGAAGGAGGAAACAUCACAGUUGGAUGCUCCUUCACUUUCUCUGGAAGCAGGAAGAUCUUCUGUAAGGAAGAAUGUGAAGGAAAAGACAUUCUCGUUGAAACAACUGGUGACAGAGCUCAGAGUGGCAGAUACAGCAUUGAAUAUGAAGGAGCUAUAUUGUCUUCUGAGCGUAUGUUUGUGAGCAUCACAAAGCUGACUAAGUCAGAUUCAGGAAGGUACAGAUGCAUUUUGGACAGAUGGAUUAAAGAUUCAUCCGAGGAGUUUGAGAUCAGAGUCACAGAUGCUCCGAUCACUUCUAAACCAAACUGGACUCUCCGACCUUUUUCAACAUCAGUCCCGUCAGCCUCCACACUGAAGACAACACAGAGUUUACGCUCCAGUUCAGGAAGCUCCACACCUUCAUCAGCCUCCACACUGAAGACAACACAGCCACCAGCUGCAGCCACAGCUGUGCUGCCCUAUUUGGGUCUGAUUCUUGCCGUCAUGAUCGUCGUAUUUUUAGCGGCUGUGCUGAUAUUCUGCAGGAAGAGGGCCAGUAAACCCAAAGAACCUCCUGCAGAAUCUGAGUAUGCUAACGUCACAAAGCCCAGCCGAGUGUAUGAGGAGAUCAGAGAGGAGGACAGACAGAGCAGAGCUCCUCCUGUAGAAAUAUCUACACUUUACACUUACGCCAAAUACACCAAACCAAAUGGAGUUGAACCCACAGACGACUACAGCUUAGCCACUGCAGCAAGUUCUCAGAAGAGAACUGAAGACGACUCGAGUAACCUCACCUACUCUCAGGUGGAUUUUUCCAACCGUACAGCUGCCUCGCUCCACAGCGCCCCCUGUGGUGAUGCAGAUAACACCGUCUACUCUGUGCCUCGGGUAGAAGCGAGCUCGGGCGGCAGCCACGCCGAAGACGCUUCACCUCCUCUGUACUCUACUGUUACUUUACAUCAGCUGUAGCUUCAUUUACUCUCUCAGGAGCCAACAGGUGAACACAAAGUGGUCUGAAUGAGUAACAUUCACACAAAAAUCAGUUUUUAAGUUAAGAUUAUCAUAAAUAUUUUGGUUAAAGAUAUGAAAGUAUUAUUAAAGUUAUUUUGGUUAAGGCAAAUCAUUUGUAAGUUAUAAGUUACUGUAAAGUAUUUGGGUUUUAAUUUGGGGUUUUUCACAGACUUCACUGUCAACAGUUUUCAUUGAGAACUAUUUCCUACCGAAGUAUGGCAUGGAUUGGGUUCACAAAGCACUUCUUGGCAAACUUCCUGGGUAUCUCACAUGUCUUUUUAACUAUAGAUCAUCUUCACACUGCUCCAGGACCCAAGACUACUUUAUCCUAAAAAAUCAUCAUGUUAGUACUGAGACUGGGAAACUGGCUCUUAAAUACUAUGCCCCACACAAGUGGAACAAUCUGCAGGUUUUAAUCAAUUGGAAUCGCCUUUGACUGAUUUAGAGCAGUGUAAAUGCAUGUGCUUUCUUUGAAUUGAUGUUUGCCCUCAUGUUGAUGUCCUUGGCCUGCUGGUUGUAUAAUUUGUUGAUGUAUACUGUAACUUUCAUGUGCUUUUAUUGUUUUAUUUCUGUUAUCAGGGCGUUCUUGUAAAAGAGAGCUUGCUCUCAAUGACCCUCCCUAUUUAUGUAAAGGCUUUUGUUGUUGUAAUAAUAAUAAUAAUAACAAAAAUAAUAAUAA